CCCAAACAAGCGCGAGCAGAAACUCGUUUCAUGUUAACGUUAACUUUCCUUUAAAACAUUGACACAUUUACAUUUAAGUAAUCGAAUGGCAGGCAAGAAGAAAGAGGCGAGUCUGCAGAACUCUGUCACAAACCAGGAGCAGUGGGAGGAGAUGCUCGCAACCAAAGGUUUAACGGUUGUAGAUGUGUACCAGCAGUGGUGUGGUCCCUGUCGAGCUGUGGUUAGUCUCUUACGCAAAAUAAAGAACGAACUGGCUGAUGACCUGUUACAUUUUGCCACAGCUGAGGCAGACAGCAUUGAUGCUUUGGAGAGGUAUCGAGGGAAAUGUGAGCCCACUUUCCUCUUCUAUGGGGGCGGGGAACUGGUGGCUGUGCUGCGAGGGGCCAAUGCUCCUCUCCUUCAGAGGAUGAUUGUGGAGGAACUGGCCAAGGAGAAGUUGGUCCUGGAGCAAGGUGGUGAACGCAAAACGGUUAAAGAUGAUGGUCUGGUGGAUGAUGAGAAGAAAGAUGAAGAGGAGACACCACAGCAGUCAGAAAAUGAAGAAAGCAUAAUUGUUCCUACCAGUAAAUCCUACACAGUUGCUAUCGUCAAACCAGAUGCUGUUGCUCACGGCAAGGCAAAUGAGAUCAUUAUGAAGAUUCAAAAUGCUGGGUUUGAGAUCCUGGCGCACGAGGAACGUACGCUGACUGAGGUUGAGGCUCAAGACUUUUACCGGCACAAAGCAGAAGAGGCUGGCUUUGAAGACUUGGUGCAGUUUAUGUCCAGUGGUCCGUCCCAUAUUCUGGUACUCUCUCAGGUUGAGAGCUCAGCUAAUGUUGUGCCAGCGUGGCGAGAGUUCAUUGGCCCAGCUGACAUCGAGGAAGCUAGGAGAGAUAAACCAGAAAGCUUGCGGGCACAAUACGGCACACAGACACUGUUCAACGCAGUGCAUGGUAGUGAGGACAUGGACCAGGCCAGCAGGGAGCUCGCCUUCUUCUUCCCAAACUUUAGGACGACCUCAGUGACGGAGCAGGAUGGGGAGGAAGAGCCUGUGGAGAGGACACUGGCUCUUAUCCGGCCUGACGUUGCCAGAGAUAACAGAGAGGAGAUCUUGGCUCAAAUCCACAAGUCAGGCUUCACCGUGGCUCUCCAAAGAGAGAUGAUGUUGACAGAAGAGCAGGUCAGGCAGUUUUACUUCCAACAUGUUGAGGAAGACUACUUCCCUGCAUUGCUCCAAAGCAUGACCAGUGGACCAGUGUUAGCUUUUGCUCUGGCCAGAACGGGGGCUGUCCAUCACUGGAAGAACAUCCUUGGUCCUUCUGAUGUUAAUAAAGCCAGAGAGGAGAGUCCUGAAUGUCUCAGGGCCCAGUUUGCUGUGGAGAACGAGCCUAUCAACCAGCUGCAUGGCAGUGAAAGUCAUGAAGAGGCAAAACGAGAGAUCAACUUCUUCUUCCCGAAACAGCACACACUGGCAGUGAUCAAACCGGAUGCCAUCAAUCAGCAUGGAGAGAAGAUUCUGGAGGAGAUCAGAGGCAGCGGUUUCUCUGUAACGCAGCUGAAGGAGAUGGUGCUAUCGAGGGAGAUGGCUGAGGAGUUUUACAAAGAGCACAGAGAGAAACCAUUCUUUAGCCAACUGGUGGAAUUCAUGUGUCGGGGCCCCUGUAUGAUGCUCGUACUGACCAAGGAAAAUGCAGUGGAGGAGUGGAGGGCCACUAUGGGCCCUUCAGACCCUGAUCAAGCUAAGACGAUAUCCCCAAACUCCCUGAGAGCCCGCUUUGCCUCCGACAUCCUCCAUAACUCUGUGCACGGCUCCUCCAAUCAGCAGCAUGCUGAGGAAAAGAUCCGUUUUAUCUUCGGUGACAUCUGCGCAGAGCUCACCGGUGAUGGAGAGACUGACACAACCAGUUUAGAAAAAGAGCAAGACAAUUCUACAGAUGAAAACACAAGAAUGUCCAGAUCUCCAACUGAAGAAAUGUCUGAUAACCAUCUAGAAGGUGAGCCACCUAAUUCGAAUCCUUGCAGCCCACAGACAGAAGGAAGUGACGAUCCAGAGCACUCGCACUGAAUCGGCAUACUUGGUAGUUUCUUUUGUAUUGUGAGAUAAUUCUGUAAC